UUCACACUUCAGUUUUACUUUCUUUUAUCGCUCGCUGUGAGUUUUAUUAUUUUCACUUUACAACGAGGUUAUAACUUUUCAGAGACGAUGUAUCACUGAUGUGUGAGCGAAACUUUACGCUAGUGAUGUAACAGUUAAAACAAAUCGCGAUGUGCUUCUUCAGUAUAAUAGUGAUAAUAUUUGACUGCCACCGCCUGUGAAUCAACAUGAAAACGUCCAAAAUGUACUCAAGUGUUGUGAAAUGGUUGCUGCUCUUAUGUGGUAUUAUAUCAGUAUCAAGCAUGUCAGAUGUGUGGGUGGACCUCCGAGCCCCACGGUUCGUGGUACACGGCCACAGUGCAGUACUUCGCUGCGAGCAUAAUGUAGAUCCUGGAACUAUUUACAAGGUGGUCUUCUUCAAGAAUAGCCAGAGAAUUAUGCAGUACGUCCGCGGGAGGGACCCGCCGUACGAGUUUUAUAAUUUCACCGGAGCCGACAUUAACUUGAUAAAAGUGACGCCCACCUCCAUAACUAUGGACAGAAUGGAUUUCAGCGCAGCUGGAACGUACGCGUGUGAAAUUGCUAUGGAGAUACCGUUGUAUUCGAAGCCUUCGAAAAUACACGAGCUGAACGUUAUAGUUCGCCAGAAACACCGUCCAAAAAUAAAGAUAAAGCAUCAGAAGUUGUCACCAAAUGGAGACUUAGAAGCCACGUGCCACAGCGCACCCGCGUACCCAGCACCCUACCUCACUUGGCUGAUCAAUAACGAAAAGGUGGACGAAAGGUUGACGAUCCCGCACGGCACGGUGAACGUGCACCGUCACCACCACGGGAUGCCGCUAUCUCUCACCAACUCCUCUCUCCGCUUUCCCCUCUCGAGCCUGCAGCUGUUCCCGAACCAGACGGUUGACAUCACCUGCCUGAGUACCAUCCCUAGCUAUCCCACUAUUGGAGAAGGUUACGCUGACGUCCAGAAUCAAACGAUUACUGUAAAUGUCGUUCGCCUGGAGCCGACGCCGCCUCAACUCCCGGUCAAAAUAAUGAGUUCGACGCUAAAUAAAACCGAACGCUCCAAAAUACAUUACUCCCUAAUUGUCCUAAUUAUUGUUGGAUACGAUGUAUUUUUAACAAUAUUUUAA